AUGCGGAGUGUGCUGAACAGCCAGGACAUAUUCGAGAAAUUGUUUUUGAGUCCUGAGUACGAUCGAUUUCUUGAUCGCUAUCGUGGAACCGCGGCAAGUCGGAAGAAGCUUCGCUAUAUCACGGAGCUCAUCCGCGAUAACGGGUUUUGGAGUAGCUUGAGGACAGUAGUACGCCUUCUCGAUCCCAUCAUUACGGCGCUCCGGGCAUUAGAAACAGACAAUACGUUUGUGUCGGGUGUGUAUCGGUGGUUCCGGUGGCUUCGUUAUCAUUCGGCUUACGGCGUCACGUCACCCGACGAAGAACAGCAGGAUGAUGCGGCGGGUCCACCGACGGAGCCGCAGAAUCGCGUGGUGGAGCGGCAGAACAACAGAGAAGCGCAUGGACCUGCGCGAGAUGGAAUCGAACUUCUGAGCGACACAGUAGAGCGCAUAACUCCCACCAGCAGCGCUGACAAUGAGCUUCAAAGUGUAUUGGCAGAGGAUGAAAGCAUCCUUACUGGAGAUGACUACAAGAAGGUUGCAACUUUAUCGCUCGUCGAGUUGCAAGGCUGCUUUCGUGAAAAGAUCAAGAAGCGCUGGACGUACGUGCACACCAACGCAAUGGGCAUUGCAUUCAUGCUCGAUCCUGCUACGGAUCUUGACGACUUUGUUGGCAUGGACAGCGAGAAGGUAGAUGACCAAGCCUGCCAAAUGGCGGUACGUUGCGGCAUCAUAACGGCAGUGGAUAUACCUAAGCUAACCGCGGAGAUUCUUGAGUUCAAGACUGAAAAACGGCGUGGUGGUGAAGCUGAGCGGGUAAAGUUUUCUGAGUCAAGUCCGCAGUACUACUGGGGCUCGAAGAGUGAGAAGAAGUCUUUCCGGUACCCGUAG